AUGCAGAACGACGCCGGCGAGUUUGUGGACCUCUACGUCCCUCGGAAGUGCUCUGCUAGCAACCGAAUAAUCGGCGCUAAGGAUCAUGCUUCUAUUCAGAUAAAUAUUUCUGAGGUUGACAAGGUAACGGGCAGAGUAAACGGCCAGUUCAAAACAUACGCCAUCUGUGGACCAAUUCGUCGAAUGGGUGAAUCAGAUGAUUCCAUCCUGCGUCUGGCAAAAAAUGGGAAUUGUUUCCAAGAACUUCUAACUGAAGAAACUCUGGUAUGGAACAUCUGA